AUGAAACUUAUGAAACAGAUGUUUGCUAUAACAACUCCUUUAUCUUGUUACUUACAAUCUAAAUCUAUUGAUUUUAUUCAAGCAUGUCAGUUAGUCGAUGUGGCAAAAAUAGAAUUAGAAAAAAUGAGGUAUACGGAAAAGUUUCAAGAACUUGUAGAAGACACUAGAUUAUUUGCAACUGAAAAUAACCUUGAGAACUAUGAUUUCAAGGAAACUAGAAUUCGUAAAAGGAAAAUAUUAGCUGGAGACCAAACUGCUGAUGAACAAUUUGAUUCAGCAUCAGAAAGAUAA